AUAAAACAGACCCUUAGGGAUAGGACAGGCUGAUUCUCUUGUCCAGGAUAGAACUAUCCCUGCCCCGGAUAGCGUUGAGGGGACUAGGAUUUUGAACUGCUCUAGGGGCCAGGGUUUUGGGAAUUUUAGGGUUUAUGGCAAUGUGGCAUAGAGCUAGGUUGUGCUCCACUAGCAAACUCCGUAAUUUCUCCACAGCUGUACGACAACAUAUCGAAGACGAGGGGGAUUGGUUCUACUCCUCUGAAUGGUGGGGUGACCAGUCCGAUGGCCACACUGUUCUCCGAUCAACUUCCGACAAAGGAAACGGCGUCGUCUCCGUUGUUGCUCACCACUCUUCCAGACCGAGUGAAAUUCAUUGGCCAGGAAUGGAGAGAUGGCUUCAGCAAAGGUAUGCAGAGAUGCAUCCAGGUUCUGAAAACAACGAAAAAUUCAGGAUACUUGGUUAUCAAUGGCGUGUGCUUCGCUUCAAUGAUGAAACUCGCCAAAGCACUGCUAAAAUAAUGGCUGCUUACCGGGAAUCAGAUCCUGGUUCUGUAUUCAUUAUGCAGCAGGCGAAUUGUCUGGCUGUUCCAUGUAAAUACCUUCACUUUUUUUGGAUAAUUCUGCCAGUCGCUCUUCCUGAAGAACACUAUCUGAAGAGUGUGUUAUCAGUUGGGUUGGCUAGCAUAGCAUCUUGUAAUUAUGAUCUCAUGAAUGCAGUAAAUGGGAAGAAGACAAUGAAUAUUUUGUGCAUCGGCCAUGGUGGGGGAAGCCUACCUCUAUUUUUGGCUAGUAAAAUUAAAGGUGCUGUUGUUCAUAUAGUUGAAAUUGACCCUCUUGUUAUCUCAGCCUCAACCCAAGCAAUGGGGUUCCCGCAUUUCUCAGUCAUGAGCCCAUCAGGUGAGCGUGUUCUCUCAGAACCGGAUCCAAUCAGUGAAGUAUUUUGGAAAGGUGUACAUGAGAGGCUCUUUCUCUUCGAAUCAGAUGCGGAGGAGUUCAUCCAGAAUGCCAACAAAAUCUAUGACAUGGUCUUUGUUGAUGCUUAUGACGGUGAUGACAUCUUUCCCUACAAGCUACGGGACCCAAAUUCCCCAUUCCUCAAAGCUCUCAAGAACCGGCUUAACACUGAGCAUGGGACAGUAGUGGUAAACCUUCACUCAGAUUCAGACGUUCUGGAUAAUGUUGGGUCCAUUCCUUCUCCAACGAUGGGAAGGUAUGUUUCUGGAGUAUGCCGAGCAUAUAAGGAUGUGGUAGCCGGAAAUGGAAGGUGUGGGUUGGGAUUCACAGUUUCAGCUCCUUGGGUGUGUAAUACAUCUCUUGCUGUGUGUAGAGGGUUCCGGACAGAUGGUGGUAGUUUAGACAGGGAUAAGGUUCUGAAUACUCUAAUAUCUAAAUCCCUUGAAGUGGAAAAUGUUAUGAACUUGCCUUUCUCAUGUUUGCAGUAUAUAAAGAGGGGCUUCAUUCUUGCUGAUUAGUCUUUGAAAGCCCAGUCAUGGAAGCAGUUACCCAUGAUCCCUGGUUUUCUGCCAAGUGAAUUUCCAGAAAUUGGGUUUGCUUCCUAGUUGUUUGUUCUACUUCUACCCAUUCCAGAUUAACAGCACAGACUAUCGGGUGGUUGUACCAAUUUUGGCUUCACUUUUCAAGGGGGUGAAGCAAUCAGAACUACUCAUCAUUUGCACCAAAUAAAACUCUUUUCUGCUGUCCACAUUUGUGUUUGAUUAUACAAACAUGGAAAAAGGGAAAGGGAAAUUUUGUAAGUGUCUUGGUGUACAGUGGUUGUGUGCUUGAUAAAUUAAUAGCAUGAGCUCUUGGAACUUUCAAGGGAAAUCAUUUACAUUAUUUC